GUCAUCGCCUGCAUCGAUCGCGUCGUCAACCGGUACGAGCGAACACGUGUAAUUCAUAGCCAAAUCAUACUACACGCGUUAGUUUCCUCAGUAAAACCGGCGAUUCUGCAUUCUUCCGUGUUCUUAUCUUCAAACUAUACCAAGAUUGUCGUUUUUUAAAAUGCAUUUCAAAUUAUUCGUGAUAAUGAUAAUAUAUCUGUUAAAGAAUUAAGUAGAAUUUUCUUUUUCGCGUACGUCUAAACAGUAAAUGACAAAGCAAAGUACCUUGCGAGAAUUAAUGUAAUUACAAAUUCAUUCGAUUAAUUAAGCCAAUACUAAUAACGUUAAUAAGUGUAACUCGAUGAUUCACAUGUUUGUAUCUUUAUCGCGUUUAGUUGUCUUUAUUUUAAAUCGUUUCACGUACUUUUACACGUGCGAACAUUGUAAAGUACUUGCUUUACAUCGAGCAUUACGCAGGUGCACACGUGCCUUCUGAGGUCAAGGUGCAACACACCGACCUGGCUGGUAUUAUUAGACGUCUGUAACAAGUGAAAGUCUUCUUGGUCCUUCGUUUAUAAAUAAUUCCCUGAUCACAAAGUGAGACGAUGUUUCCACGCCAAUGACAGACCUGAUCUUUCAUCACAAAAUGGCUCCGACUGUUUACUUGUCGGAACUACCAGUUGUAAGAACAUCGACAAUUCCAUGCUCGCGACGAAGACAAAGGGUUCGUAACGGGGCUGUAGCAAAGCAGCAGAGGCUAGAAUUCAGACGAUUGGAAACGAACGAGUCUUCUCGUGACGAUACAUCUUUAACGCCACCGGAAAGUCCUCUAUGGGAUCCAGAGAGUCCCAGUGUCUCUUGUGCCCCGAUCAUUGUCACUUCUUCCUCUCCGAACGUUUCGGCUAGAGUUCCAGCAGACAUAAAGGAACAUUGGAAGGUGUUCCUAGCGAGACGGAAAGGUGUGCCUUUUAGUGUAAUUGACGGUCUUUUAGAUAUCGUUGUACGUACGAUGGCUUUGAUUCGACGAAACAACAUCCUUCAAGAAAGAGUGAAUGCUUUGCGUGCAGAGACUCGAGAUUUCAUUCAUUCGGUGUUGAAUAAUCCCGAAAACAAAUGCAUACAACAGAGAUUGGACGCGAUAGACUGCAAGGAAGCGGAUGUGUCCUCGUCGACAGAGGAAACCAUAGCAAGACCGUCCCUUCCGCCUACGCCGGACUCGACGAAUUCUUCGUCGAAUGAUAUCACAUCGACCUGUGAUGGCAGCGAAAACACUUCUGAACGAUUCUCCAACGACGAAUCAUAAUAUUUGAGAAUCAUGCGCAAACGAAAGAUAUAAGAUUCGAAGCGAAAUCAAACGGAAUGAGAUGUUGAUCGGUUACUUGAUUUGAGUAGCCUGAGUCGCUUUGUCGGUACACAUAAUAUAGCAAUUAAACGAUUAAUACGAUCGCUUCUUGAUCGAACAAGAUGAGAAAUGAAAGUUUUACUGAUGAUGAUACGAAUGAAGUUGAAACCGAUGAAUUUCUUAAAGUUUGUUUUUUUAAUCGAUUUACAUAUAAGUUUGAUCGAUAUGUAAUUUAUAUUGAAUUUAUGUUAUCUUUGUAUUUUAGAUAUGUUAAGCAUUUAAAGAUUGAUCUACACGAGGAUUAUAAUUUUCAUUCAUUUUAUCUUAUACAUCUCAAUUAUCAAAAAUUCUAUCGACCGAUAAAGGCUACCUAUAUCGUAGAUUAGAAUUCAAAAAGUAAAACUUCAAAAUACAAAUGAUUCGUUAAUAAAGGAGAGAUUACAUAUAAUUGUACGUCAUAUAUAUAUAUAUGACGUACAAUUAUAUAUAUAAUAUAAUAUAUAUAUAUAUAUAUAUAUAUAUAUAUAUAUAUAUAUAUAUAUAUCAUAAUGAACUCAAAAGAAAUUGUUCUACUAAACAAAGAUCGAGUUCCCCAAGAUAAUUUUUUUCUUUUUUUUUUUCUUUUUUUUUCUCCUUCAAAAAAUUACAUUUCUAAUUCGUAAACUCUCAUUUCUCGUUUUACGAAGUAGUCGUAGGAAAAUCUACAUUAUCAAUGAAAGAUACGCAAUUCCUUAUUAUCGACCGUUCUUUUACCUCUUAUUAUCUGUAUUAGUUGCACUUUAAGAAAAAGACCAUUUAAUUAUUCGACACAAGGUAAAAUACAAAAAAUGCAAUAUUUUCAAUAUUAAAGAAAAGAAAAAAUCUCAGCCACACUUUUGAUACAAAAGUUAGUUAAAGAAAUUUACAUGUCGACGAAGUAACUCGGAGAAAUUGUGAAAUGAUAUAAUGUUACAAGAUCGAUGUAACAUAUAACGUAGAAUUAUUACAAUUACUUGAUAUACACGAUUAGAUACUUAUUAACAUUUUCAAUGCUACAUUCAGAAAAGGGCGUUGUAGUAUAUAAAUAAAAUUGCAGGACUGCUUUACGUUUUAAUUUUAGUAUUCAAGUUUUAUGCGUAAAGCUUUUCUAGACAAACUUGCGUUAGAACUAGAAUAAAUUAGAAUUAAAGAAAUGAAAAAAGCAAAUGAAAAUGCCCUGCAAAUUUGGUGGCUGUGAAAUUUGUAUUCGCGUCUGUAAUUCUGCCUUUUUCUCUCGUUUUUCUGUGCAACAAUUUCGCGAUUAAUUAAAUUAGAAAUUGCUCGUCUUUUUCGAACAAAAUCGCGCCAUUGUCUCAAGAAGAUCGUGUGAUCGUUAAGGGAAGUGUCCACAUUCAAUCGACGAAUAUACUUUUAAGAAAUUUACAAUCCUAUCGUAUAGAAUUAAGUGAUAAAAGCUUUUUAAUCUAGGCAGUACAGAUUUUCUAAACUCGUUUCAUAUUAAACUAAAUUUGUUUCGUUGGUCGACUUAUGUUUCACUUACAUACUUAUAUACUUAAUUAAUACUGCGUCAAAAAGGUAUUUGCAGAUUAAGUGUAUCGUAAAAUAAACGCCCACUUUCUACUCAUUUCAACUACUAUCAUACGAACAAUGUCGUUGUUCGAAAUGUAAAAACCUAUUGCGAUAAAUAUUAAUUUUAAAAAAAUAAUCAAAAAAUAUUCACAGUAUUUUUAAGAAGAGAAAUAUUUCUUCUUUUAAAUUUCGUUUAUGUUGAUAAUAUAACAAGCACAAGUUAGAAACAUAUAGUAUACAUUGAUCUGCUUGAUGUUAAAUACCUGUAAUCUUUU